CGUCGCCCGCCAUUGACCUUGGCUUUUGGACCAGACCGACGGCAAAAUGGAUGACCUCUACGAUGAGUUCGGAAACUUCAUUGGGGAAGAGGUUGAGUCUGAGGCAGCAUCCGAGGCUGGAGAUCAGGCGGGCGACUAUGCGUACGACGACGAGCAGGAGGAGGCGCCCAGUGUCGCCGGACAGGAGCUCAUGGAGCUCGAUGAUGGACCCUCCAACGCCGUCAUCCUCCACGAAGACAAGCAGUAUUAUCCCACGGCCGAGCAGGUGUACGGCGCCGACGUCGAGACGCGAGUAGAAGAGGAAGAUGCGCAGCCUCUGACGGAACCCAUCAUUGCGCCGGUCGAGCAGAAGAAGUUCAACGUCGAAGAGGCUGAUCUGCCCCCCGUCUUCUUCGACCGCGAGUUCAUGGCCGAUCUGAUGAACUUCCCCGACCAAACAAGGAACAUUGCACUGGCAGGCCACCUGCAUCACGGAAAGACGGCUUUCAUGGACAUGCUCGUGAUGGAGACCCAUGACAUUGCGGACAGGCUGGACCGGAGAGUUGGAAAGAAGCGGGAUGAGGCCCUGCGAUACACUGACGUGCACACGCUGGAGCGGGAGCGAGGGCUGUCCAUCAAGGCUGCGCCGAUGAGCCUUGUCCUGCAGAGCACCAAGGGGAAGUCGCACCUCUUCCACAUCAUCGACACCCCCGGCCACGUCAACUUCGUGGACGAAGUGGCAGCGGCUUUCCGGCUGGUGGAUGGCGUAUGUCUGGUCGUGGACGUGGUCGAGGGUGUCCAGGUCAACACCGAGCAGAUCAUCAAGCACGCCGUCUUGGAGGACAUUCCCCUGACACUCAUCAUCAACAAGAUGGACCGUCUGAUUCUGGAGCUGAAGCUGCCCCCCAAGGACGCCUACUUCAAGCUUAAGCACGUUGUGGAAGAAGUCAACACCGUCAUCGCUAACACUGUGCCCACCAAGGCAGCUUCAAGGCGGCUCAGUCCCGAAAAAGGCAACGUCCUGUUCGCCUGCACGGACAUGGGAUGGUGUUUCACGCUGCCCUCAUUCGCCAAGAUGUAUACUGAUACCUAUGGCGACAUCAACCCAGACGACUUUGCCAAGCGGCUGUGGGGAGAUGUCUACUACAACCCUAAGAGGCGGAACUUUACUCGCAAGCCGGCGGAAGAAAGAUCUGCGAGAUCCUUUGUCCAUUUCGUCCUAGAACCCAUCUACAAAAUCUUCACACACUCAAUCAGCGACAGUCCAGAACAGCUGAAGCUCGUUCUGGCUUCUCUCGGCAUUGAGCUGAAGCCAUCGCAGUACAAGGCCGACGCAAACGUCAUCCUUAAGCUCGUAUGCGAACAGUUCUUUGGUCCGUCAACGGGCUUCGUCGACAUGGUCGUCAAGCACAUUCCCUCGCCGUCAGAAGGCGCACACCGGUUGUUGGAGCGAUACUACACCGGCCCCUUGGAUACAAAGGUUGCAGAGUCGAUGAGGACAUGCAAUCAGGACGAUCCUUUGGUGGUCCACGUCACAAAGCUCUUCAAUACCUCGGACGCCAAGAGCUUCUACUCCUUUGGUCGUGUUCUGAGCGGCACAGCUCGGCCUGGUGCUGCCGUGAGAGUCCUUGGCGAGGGCUAUUCUCUUGACGACGAAGAAGACAUGACAAUGGCGUCCAUCGGCGAGGUUUUUAUCGCAGAGUCUCGGUACAACGUUCCCACAGACGGCGUCCCUGCAGGUAACAUGGUGCUCUUGGGAGGAAUAGACAACUCCAUUGUCAAAUCUGCAACAAUAGUACCUCCCAAGCUAGAGGAUGAUGAGGAUGCUUUCAUCUUCAAGCCCGUGACUCACUUUACCGAGUCUGUCCUCAAAGUAGCCGUCGAGCCCGUCAAUCCUUCCGAGCUGCCCAAGAUGCUCGACGGACUCCGCAAAGUUCAAAAGUCAUAUCCCCUGAUCAGCACCAAAGUCGAAGAGUCUGGAGAGCACAUCAUCUUGGGGACCGGAGAGCUCUACAUGGACUGCGUAUUGCAUGACUUGCGGCGCCUAUAUGCCGACAUGGACAUCAAGGUCUCAGAUCCAGUCACAAGAUUCUGCGAGACGGUGGUGGAGACGUCGGCGACAAAGUGCUACGCCAUCACGCCGAACAAGAAGAACAAGAUCACCAUGGUGGCAGAGCAGCUGGAGAAGGGCAUUUCCACAGACAUUGAGACGGGCGCUGUCAGGAUACGUGAUCCUGUACGGAAAACGGCCAAGUUCUUUGAGGAGAAGCACGGCUGGGACAAGUUGGCGGCCAGAAGCAUCUGGGCUUUUGGUCCUGACGAGAUGGGACCAAAUAUUCUUCAAGAUGACACCCUGCCUACGGAGGUCGACAAGAAACUGCUGAGUACUGUCAAGGAAUCCAUCAGACAGGGCUUCAGUUGGGCUACCCGUGAAGGCCCCCUCUGCGAAGAGCCUAUCCGUAAUACCAAGUUCAAGGUCACAGACGUAGUCUUGGCCAACGAGGCCAUUUUCCGCGGUGGUGGCCAAAUCAUCCCUACCUCUCGCCGAGCAUGCUACUCAUCCUUCCUCAUGGCCUCUCCGCGCCUCAUGGAGCCCGUCUACGCGGUAUCCGUCACGGGACCGGAAGACUCCUACAUGGAAGUCUACAACGUGCUCGCCCGACGCCGAGGCCACGUCCUCUCCGACGGCCCCGUUGCCGGCACGCCCCUAUACCGCGUCAACGGCCUGAUCCCCGUCAUCGACAGCUUUGGCUUCGAGACGGACCUGCGCAUCAAGACGCAGGGCGGCUCAAUGGUCAGCCUAGUCUUUGACAGCUGGAACAUCGUGCCCGGCGAUCCGCUCGACAGAGACCAGGUAACGAGGCCGCUGCAGCCCGCCUCAGCGCAGGCCACGGCUCGAGACUUUGUGCUCAAGACGAGGCGCCGCAAGGGCCUCAGCGAGGACGUCAGCGUCAAGACGUUCCUGGAGCCUGAGUUUUACCAAAGCCUGAUGGAGAGUGGUAUGCUCGGUGAUGUAUAA